CGCGGCGUCGGCAGCAAGCGCAUCGGCCCCAGCUCGCGAACCCGGGUGCCCAAUUCAAGCCCCAUCUGUACAAUAGUCGGUAGACAGACGUGUAAGACUAUGGCUUUAACAAAUUUUGAAGACACCAUCAGAGAUUGAGCCACGCAUUCCCACUCGAAGUGGCCAGCAUUCUCUGUGCGUUCUCGUUCAACGUCGUCGUUUUCUCUAUCACCAAAGCAGCUCUCAUGGUACAUUAUCGUGCCUCGCGCGCCUUCUCGACGGCGUCCAGUCUCGCGGAGAGCUCAGAGUUUGUGACCAGGCACGCGCCGGCCAUCAAGCUGAUGGGCUCCGUCCUUGUCGGGGCAAUAGCGGCGACGGCAUACAUCACGUCGCUGCUGGGCAAACGGGACCUGGCGCUGAAGGAGGAGUCCACGAAGCAGGCGCUGGCGGAUCUUGCGGAGUCCACGAAGCGGGAGCUGGCGCUCAAGGAGGAGUCCACGCGGCGGGCGCUGGCGCUGAUGGAAGAGGCUGCGCAGCGGGCGCUGGCGCUGAAGGAGGAGUCCACGCAGCGGGCGCUGGCGGAUCUCGAGGAGCGCCGGCAGCGGGAGGUGGACGAGCAGCGGGCCCGCGUUGAGACGCUGGAGCGUGUGUUCGGCAUCUCAUACCACUCGGACUGGACGGGGCUGCGCGAGAAGAUCAACGCCCUGAAGCCGACGGAGCCGAACAAGGCAGUUUCGGGCACUGGCAACGGCAACGGCACUGGGAGUGCUCCAGGGGUCGGGAACGGGGCCAGCGCGGGGCUGCCGCAGCCCUGAAGCAGCCACCACAGCGCUGGGUGUGGGGCUGGGCCUACGACGGCGGCGGGCGUGGCGCCUGUGCUUGCGCUGGCAGCUUGCGUUCGCUUCUGGCCGCCGCUAAGAGGAUGUGAUUGGGUGCUAUUUGUGGGAUCAGCGCACGGCGUCCCCGAGGGCUCCGUUGUGGUUGGUUAGAAACUGCAGCUGGAUGGAGCACGGGCAUCAACCAAUGCGGAAAGUGAACUUGACGGUACUCAUGAACUGAAUGCGUCUGUACUAUAACUAUGUACCAUCAUGUACCACCGCUUCGGGUCGCCCCGAAGCGGCGGCAGUUGUCUGAGGCAUAUGGUGUGCGCACCGCGGUAUCUGGCUGCAUUGGUCGGGCCGUCAAGGUGCCCCAUCCUGUACAAUGUUUGAACUCUGGCGCUUGACAAUGACAAGGGACGCGAUGACUGCUGGAUGGGGCGGAUGGACACUGUAUGAAGUGUUUUGCUUUGGCAAGUAUGUGAGGUGGCGCGCGGGCGGCCCACGCAUUUGCAACGGCUCUCCGCACAGGGGGUUCAGGCGACUGCUUGACUGCUGUGUGAGUGAAUGAUGGAGGGCGGGUAUCAUGGCAGGAGCGUAUGUUUUAACGUCAGAUGCGUGGGAGGCGGGCGAGGUGCUACGUGGGCGGGCUUGGUCAUUCGGUGCGUGUCGGAGAGUGCGCCGAUGUGCGGUGCUAGCUGUGAUGGCGCCUGUGGCUGGAGGGAGGGUGGAUGGAUGUAUGGAGCAUACAUACGGUAUGCCCGCGGCGCGGCGGGGACAGGAUAUGGUUUCCCGCAAUCCGCAUUCGGGUUAGUGUCGAGGCACUGUCAACACCCCUGCAAGGUCUCAGUGUCUUUUUUUUGUGUGUACCUCAUAACAUGUCCAAAUUAUCCCACCGGUAGGUAAGGGACCCAGGAAACACACUGUUAGCUGUCGGCCUAGACCGCUCUCCUCUGUAAGGAACGAUCCACAUUCGGGUUCAAGCCCCAUUUGGAGAACACAGCCGUGAAAGACAAUAACUUGAACCUUUUUCCAAGACGCCGAUGCGGAGAAAUCCUAUGGGGUUUGGGGCUAUCGUCGCGCGCCAGGCAGGAGCGGCGCAUGCGUGCAGCGGGGUGCAACGGUCAGGGUUACCGGUGCCAGUGCUGGGGGCGUCGACCGCACGCUGCCCCGCGCUGCCAUCCUGUGCACCCUCGGCCGCCUCGCCUAGGGCCUUGCCGUUGCGAUCCCGUCCAGGUUCCAGCAUGUACACGGCAUCGGCACCAAGCUGCGCGGCGGCCCAGCGCGCCAACGGGGCGCAGUCGAGGCGCCCGGGUCCUGGGACUGGCCGGGCGCCCCAUUCGGAGGCUCCAUUAAAACAAUCGAUACGCAGCCGUGUAAGCUAUAACUUCA